GCGAGGCGCGGAUGACGCGCCGCUGUUAGACACUGUGCUAAAGAAACGUGCAGAACAGAUUUUGCGGUAUCACUCCACUCGAGUAGGGGACGAACGUCCUUGUGAAAAUGUGGCGCCCAUGUUUGGCCCUUCCAACCGUGUGGGUGCCUCCCGCGGUCUAUUUGCCCCCGCUCGGCAUCAUGACUCAGUGGACAGUGAGAAGGACGUCGAAACUGGGACGGCAGAUGUCCCUUUUCAUGUUGAAUGUGUUGCGUUUACGCAAGGUGAGCUUGAAGCCCGUCUGAUGUGGCGUCCGCACCGCGUUCAGGCUGUGCUGGAGCGAAUGAUGCAUAACGGGUCAGUAUGGAUUGACCAGCCGUCAAUUUCUCAAGGGGAAAUUGAGGGGGAAAAGUUACGAAAACGAGGAAAGACACUGAAGGAAGUGAAGCCGGCGGAACUCGUUUAUUGGUUUAUUGUUUUUUCAGCACCAUUUGAAUCCUCCUUCUGA